CGCUGUACAAUAUGUACAAUAACAAUUAAUAUAUUUAUUCAAUUCUAGCUACCAGGCAUUUAACUUGCUGCACUACAAACCCACAAAACCUCACAGAAACUCUAAACAUGUAGCUGCUGCAUUCAAAUGCACAGCCUCAACAUUAUGUGUCUAUUGCAGGCUACAGUGAGGAAGGAGGAGAUUAAGUGAACCAUGUAAUAAAAAGGAAAUGUUACUGUCUAGUAACCCAGAGUGACAAAUGGACACAUAACUUUGACAGAUCAAUGAAAAUAAAUGUACGAUUGGUUGGUAUGAGUUACUAGAGCUGGGCAAACGCAUACUUUUAUUAUAUUACCCUAGAUACUUUAUCUUUAUGAUAGUCGUGCCCAGCAGGAGGAGAGGGAACAAAUUUAGAAGGGGGACAGGCACAGGAAACCUGGAGCAAGUGCAUUUGUGUAAUUCCUAUCUCUAUGUUUUAAACAGAAUUGCUAACAUAUUUAUAAUAUAUUAUUUAUGACUUAAAAGAUUGUGGUCAAGUUUGUGACCAUAACACAUAAGGUUUAGAAUUGUAUGAAUCCACUUACCCUAAGAUCCACCUCUUCUUAUAAUAAGCUCAUCAUUAGCGAUGUGUACAUGCAAUAUGUGGGUUUGUGGUUACACACUGCUUCCUGGGCUCAGCAACCACUCAUGUCUUUGCUUGUUGUAUCUAAGGAACCAAACCUGUGUGUUAGUGUUUUUUCAAGUUUCUAGUUCAAAGCCAUUGCAUACUUUCAAUGAAAAUAAGUGGGGCUUGAUGUUCUAUUUGCAAUAUCUAUAAUAAUUAUAUGACUAAUGCCAGCAGUAUCUGGGUAUACAUUAACCAGGUGCACAAAUUAAUCAGAGAUCCUUAACCUAUUGGAAGGAACCCAAAUUUGGGUCCCUGUUCUGCUUAUGGUGGGUCUCCAGUGUUACAAUGUUUUGCUACAAUAGUCAGUAUAAAUAAAUAAGGUGCAUCAAUUAGUUUAUUCAAUCUCCCAGUAUUUUGAAAACAUAAUGUAUCCUUCCUCAGAGAAAAUCUGGUCUGUGAGUACAUAAGGAAGGUCACAUUAUAUAACCAAUUUUAUCCAUUCAUUCUAUAGAAUUGUUGCUAACAAGCACCCAGACAUUUGAGUCCCAUAGCCCUUAAGGCUCUACAAAAAGCUUAGCAUUGGAGUAAUGGAUGCUCUUAUCAACGUGAAAUAGUACUCAACUCUCCUCAACAAUUCCUUUCACUCAAGUCUUUUCCCCUUUGUCCCCUUUGUAACAUCUUUAUUCUUUGAGAAACUGAGAAUCUUAGUGAAUCUCCCUCCCCCCCCAGGUCAUCCCUUAUGCAGGAAACUGAAACAUGCUGUAACCUAACAGGAAGUUUCUGUAUUUCACACUGCGUGCUUCUGACUUUCUAGUGUAUUGUCUCUGUCCACCUCCCCUUUCUGCACGGGACCAAGCUCUUCUGAUUUUCUGUCUUUUUUUUAUCUUUGUGAAGAGGAAGGAUGUGGGAGCCAGUCUCCCCAGCUGUUUCAGCUGUGCCUUUAAUGCCUCUGUGUGGUGUCUGUGCUAUGGGCUUGAUUCCUGUAGCCUGGCAGUGAUAGGAUGGGAUGCUGCAGUGUGACAGCACGGGGCACCAACUCUAAACAAGAUGGGCAUGAAGAAGUUGAGUUGCUACAAACAGAAGGGAGCAGGAAACAGUCAGAAGCUGGGUCUUUGGCUCCCAGUGGAGGAACUUAUUUUAUCUCACGCCACCAAGCUACUGGUGCUGAAAAUGAGCUCUCAGUUAAGGCCCUGAUUUCAGACCACUCCCAGGCAGAUGAUAAAAGACUUAUCUCAGAGCCUGUGCUGUUUUGGGGAAAAUCCCAUGCAAAUUUAAAUGGCAUGAUACUUUCGGAACCUAUUCGAGGAUGGGAAGGUCAGGACAUUCAGAAUUAUGGAAAGGUCGUCAGAUCUUCUUUGAUAGUCAUGCAGAUAAGUGGAACACAGGAGAUUUUGGAGUGCUUUUUGGUACUGUUUCCUUUUCAUUUGCUGAUUUUGUCUCUGGAUCAUCAAGAAAGAAGAUUUAUUUAUCAGGGUCUUUUGCCCCUUUCUGGAAUGAGAGUGUAUUGCUUAUGGACAAGUAGAGGACAUACCUUUGAAAUCAGUGGUCCAAUGAUAGAAGCUCGCCAGAUUUCCUGCCUCAGCUCCAAUGAGAGGGAUCUUUGGAUAUCAGCACUACAGCAUCACAUCCUGGGGGCCAACACACACUAUCCUCCUAUUUACCCCUCCAUCAAUAUUUUGUCCUUUCUGUUGCCAUGUGACAGUAUGUGGAAGAAGAGGGAACUUCUAAGAUAUUUGAUAUCUUGUCCUAUUAAAAACUGGGAAGGAAAAGCAAUCCAUCAUCUGGGUAAUGCAAUUUACCUGUCUGCAGUGAGAGUGGCCCACACUAUAGAUGCAGAUUUUGAGGAUCGGCUUCUGGUGCUGUUUUCUGAAGAUCUUGUUUUCCUUUCUAUUGAUGCUGAGAAGACUGCAGUGACCCACCAGGGUACUCUUCCUUUAAAUGCAAUUCAUAUUGAAGAAAGCAACACUUGGGAUGGGAGACUAGAGUUCCAGAUUGCAGGUCAACUCAUGGAACCAAUUUUAGUGUCUUGCUCAACUAUUGGAGACUAUAACCAUCUGGUUUUCUAUCUGCAAAAGCCUGAAGAAUCAAACUGUGCCAUCAGUCUUUCACCUUUGCCCAUUGUACCUGUUAAGUACGGAAGAAGAUAAAAAGAGAUAUUUAUUGAAGGAGAAUGAAAAAGCAAAGAAGGGACUAAACUUGAAAUGGUAUAAAAACAACAAAUUCAAGCUGGACACUUGUGACUCAUAUUGAGCGUGCCAUUCAGCCUACAGCUGUGAGAUUCUUUUGUACCACUGUAAAGGAAAUGUGGGAAGGGCAGGGCUGAAAGAUGGUCAGGACAGGAAAUAAAAUGUUAAGCUAUGUAUAGGACAGUACACUGGAAAGAAAAACUAGAAGUUGAACUUAAAAAAAAAGAAAUGCUUUGCUGAAUGUAUGUUGAUCAGAUACGAGAUCUGUUAAACCGCCUAGAGAUAACACAGCUGCUGUCAAAAGGUAAUAUUUCACCCAACAUGGCUGAAACUCUGAUAGUGAUAAGUGUCUGACUGCCUCUUGUGAUAGAAAAAAGUGUUAACAUUUAAUGGCAGUAGAAGUCAAUGAUGGGAAUUCACAAAAUUGGAUUUAUCUCCUCUUUGACUCAGAGAGACUCACAGAAUUAACCGAUCAGAACUUUGUAGUAGGUCAGAGCUAACUGCUGAUUGGUAACUGGAGGUUACAUCUUCUGAGUUAAAUUACCACAGAACAGGGCUCAUUUAUAAGGCAAGUGCAGUGAGCAAAGUGCAAUUUCAGACAUGAUACAACAUAGGGGUCAUUAUUUUUCUUUCACAAAAUACCAAGUAUUUAUAAUGUGUUUUCUCAGGGCAUGGUGGAUUGAAUAUUACAAUAUACACAAUGUAGAAUAUAUUUUGUAUUUCAUUUAUAUAAUUUAUAAAAAAAAAUUGCCUGUGGUUUUCUGUAUAUGAUGCAAUAAAAAUAUAAUUUACAGCAUUGUCCACUCCAAAUGUAUUUAAUGAUAAGUGUGUGCAUGUUGUAUCUUCUUUGCAAUGCAUAAUAGCCAUAUUGAUUUGUGUAUGCUGUAUGUAAGAAUUUAUGAUAAUGUAAUGUAAUACUGUCAUGAAUAUCUCUAUAGGGUGUUAACAAGUUGCAAACAUGACAGGGUUAUUGGCUAGAAUUUGAUUGCCACAGAAAAUAAACAGUACAGGAAUACUGUUC